AUGCCAAUCUGUAUUGAGUGUCGAUAUCCGGUCAACCAGUUAUACAGCACCUACAGCAAGGCCGACGACCGCAGCCUUGGAAAGGGUGUCCGAUUGACGCAAUGUCCGCGGUGCAAGCGGUUUGCAGACAAGUACGUCGAGCAUGACUUUGUUGUGCUCUUUAUAGAUCUAGUCUUGAUUAAGCCACAGGUCUACAGACAUCUUCUCUUCAAUAGAUUAGGACGAGAAGAUGAUCGACUAGAUCCAUCCAUUAUCCGUCUCGGCAUUCUUCUUCUCCUCUUCGACGUCUACUUGACCUGGGCACGAAUCGAGAAACAAUCACCCAUUGUGCCGCCCGCUGGCGCAGCUCCAACUCCCUCAUCCUACGAGACCCCCGAGGCAGCGGCGGCGGCAGCUGCUGCUGCUGCGACGACUGUGCCGUUUCUCGCCGAACAAUCAAUUGUGCUACAAUACCUGUUCUUCUUGUUCCUCUGCCUGACUGAAUUCCUCACGUUCCAUUUCACCAUCCGCCUGCUCAGCACAUAUGUGCUGCGCUAUCUACGUCCGAACUCCGUGAGCACCGCGCUCCUCGUGUCGUCUUGCACAAAGCUGUUCCCGAUCUUGAUGGUAAUUUGGGAAUACGAUAUCCCGGCUGCAGCAAAAAGUGUCGGGUGGGCGGUCGUUGUCAAUAAUAUCGAGGCCUUGAAAAUACUGCUCGACUGCGGGUACCUGAUUGCGGCGGGCCUCACGGCCGCGGGAGCUGCGAGCAGGCUGCUUGUGGGCUGGACGAUAUUGAGGGCGGCUGGACUCGAUGGCGUGGGAAUGGGCUCCUUUAUGGGCUGGCGAAGCUUUGCCGCCCUGUGGUCAAAUAUAAAGAACUGGGAAGACUUGGCUACGAGGAUCGGGCUGGGAUGA